AUGAAGGAAGAAGCACCCGCUACCACCACCACCAUCUCGACGGUGAUCCAGACUAGUGAUCCCGUUGGGCCGCAGUCGACGUCAAGGGAAACCCUCAUCACAGCUCUCAUCAAAAAUGACACGCCUAACACUUCUCCCACCUUCCAAAAUUCAGCGAAGACUCCGUCGCGCAGAGUGUUGCGAUUGAAGUGUCCGAUCUGCUCUGACUAUCCCGACGGCUUCCGGAGUGAGCAUGAGUUGCGCCGUCAUACCAAUCGCGUCCACAAGAAGACGCGUAAGGUCUGGGUGACCAUUGACACGUCGCCGGAUAAGUCUUUCCUCGCAAAUUGCAAGGCCUGCCAGACCGGUAAGAGGUAUAACGAAUGCUACAAUGCUGCUUCACACCUCCGCAGGAUGCACUUCCACCCGCACAAGCGAGGCGAGAGGAAGAUGACGGCUGCAGAGGCGCGUAAAGGCGGGAAAGCCACAGAUCUGGACCCUCCCAUGGAUGUCUUGAAGACAAACUGGUUGCGAGAGGUGGACGAGUUCGUGGAUGGGGAUGAUUCGCCUAUGGAUGAUGUGAGGAACGACUCCUUGACUCAACCACCAUCGCUGCUGCAACCACAGCCUCAGCAGCAGACCACCGGUACGAAAGCCGACUCAAAAGCGCCACCAACCCCAACAACUCCCUCUACCCGUUCGAUGGCAAUCGACAGUAUCGUAGAUAAGGUCGAUGCUGCUUGA